AUGAUGCAGAAUAAGUCUGAUGAUAUACACGACGACAACUCUGACCUCCUCGAACCGUACAUCGAAACAGAGUUGGUCAAUGCCGAUUUAUUUGGAGAGUGGCUUCAACAAGAACUCGGCGAUGGGAAAAAUCACCAGGGGAUCAUCUCAAAGGUAGCAGCGGCGCUCGGUGUAUUUAAGAAUACACUGCAGUCGCUUUCUCUCGAGAUUACCCUGCCAAAUCCCAGGUUAUGGAACAUGCAAGUCGAUGCAGUCAACGGUGACGAUUUGAAGAUCAUCGUUACUCUACCAGGGUCGGAGGAGAAGAUCGAAGUUGUUGCCAAGAAUCAAGACGAACUGCAGUUUCUCAAAGGCGACAAAUGUCUCGGAUACAUGUCCAAAGUGUGGCAUGGACUUGCUCAGUCGCUCGAUAGACUGACCAUUUACGCACAAAGAUGCAAGGAACUGAAGGCCCAAGAAGCGGAAUUGAUGCAUCCUGCAGAAGCUACAGUGCAGAAGCACAUCAAUCUGCUCAAGGAGUACAACGACAUGAAAGACAUUGGACAGCAAAUCAUCGGCCUUAUCGCAGAAAACAAGGGCGUUCAAAUCGGGAAGCUCUACGAGAAUGGGGACUACGGGGUCACGGCGGACGACUGAAGCAGCAACAAUGGCCAAUCUCUCCUGAUUCCCCACCCCCAAUCUUCGACUUCUAUCUUAUGUACAAGCCACAAAUGCGUUGCCACUGGCCCCGGUAUGAGUGAUCAACUUGUCGAACGCUCCGUUGCUGUCGAAAAUAACUCUGUCCGGGCCGGGAGAUCCACCGGUGUACACGGCGUACGUGUUCAUGAUGGGAUACUCAUACCAUGGUGCAGGGGUGGGGAAGUUGAAGCCCUCGUAGUUGUUGUACCGGUGGGGAUAGCUGUCUGUUGACUGCAAGGCGGAGAGUGUGUCCCUUGUUGCGGGCAGCAGUGAUGUGUGACGUCUGGUAACAAACAGUGCCGCAAGUGUAGGCACAGGCUCUCUCUUCAAGCACAGGGGCAGCCUCUACCUCGGUCGAGACCGGUGCAGCAGACACGGCGACCACCGAGAGAAUGGCAACGAGGGCGGAGAGGAACUGAAAUGAUUAGUCUCAACAGAAAGGAUGCUGGGUGUCCAGUAACUUACCUGAACCAUUUUGACCGAUGAAAACUAUGUACAGAUGCAGGCUCAGGCUCGUGGG